AUGCACAUUCCGAAAUGGUUGUUUGCUGCACUUAUCGGUGCAGCUCCAAUGCUUGGACUUGUAUUUUUUAUACUAUUCUCAUGUACUCUACUUGGUCUUGUACAAAAAUGUAAAAUAAAUUUAACAAAAUCCUAUGCGAAACGAAGAGAAACUAUAAUGCAUGAUCAAAUAUUAAUUGACAAUGAAGAUGUAAAUACAUCAACAUUAUUUAAACCAGAAUCGAAUACUGUUAUUAUUUCACCAUUUGAUGAUAUACCCAUGAGAGAUAUUGAUGCUGAAUCCUCAUCCAAAGCAUAUUCAGAGCCCAAAGAUGUUUCAAAUCCUUCAAAACUACGACGCAAAAAAAGUAUUGACAUUUCUAUGGCAGGAUCAGAUUAUGAUAAUGGCUCCUCAAGUAUUUUUAAUGAUAAUGAUUAUGAACAAGAUCGUUUGUCACUUAUUGAAAUAUCAUCACAACGUAAAAAUGCAGCGAAGCAAAUAAAAUCGCCAGACACAAUAGUUCAUAUUUAA